UGGAAUCCUGGGGCUGAUCUCGGAAUCCUGGGGCUGAUCUCUGAAUCCUGGGGCUGAUCUCUGAAUCCUGGGGCUGAUCUCGGAAUUUUGGGCUCCUCCCGGAGUCUUGGCUGCUCCUGGAAUCCUCGGGCUGAUCUCGGAAAUUUGGGCUUCUCCGAGAAUCCUUGGGCUGCUCCCGAAUCUUGGCUGCUCCCAGAAUUUUGGGUUUCCCCUGGAAUCCUUGGGCUGCUCCUGGAAUUUUGGCUGCUCCUGGAAUUUUGGCUGCUCCCGGCUGCGAGGACCUGCGGAGGGUCAGAGGCUGCCGGACGUGUCCUGGAGGAGCUGCGGGACAGCUGAGGGAGCUCCGUGUGCCCGGAGCGAGGCCGGCGUGGAUCUGAGAGGAUAUCCCGGAGGAUCUCAGUGAAUAUCCUGGAAAAUCUCAGCGGUUAUCCCGGAGGAUCUCAGAGGAUAUCCCAGAGGAUCUGAGAGGAUAUCCUGGAAGAUCUCGGUGAAUAUCCUGGAAAAUCUCAGAGGAUAUCCCGGAGGAUCUCAGUGGUUAUCCCAGAGGAUCUCAGUGAAUGUCCUGAAAAAUCUCAGAGGAUAUCCCAGAGGAUCUCAGCAGUUAUCCUGGAGGAUCCCAGAGGACAGCGAUAUUCCCGAGCCUGGCAGCGCUCCUGUGCUGGCGCUGUCCCUGUCCCAGCGCUGCUCCUGCUGUGACAUUCCCACCAUUCCCACCCCGGCGUGUCCUUGUCCUCGUGGGCUCAGCCACGGAUUUUGGUUUGCUUUCUGGGGAUUUUGGUUUGCUUUCUGGGGAUUUUGGUUUGCUUUCUGGGGAUUUUGGUUUCCUUUCUGCGGGCAGCCGUGGGUGGACACCUCGGGGGCUGGCUGAGUGUCCCUGUGCCGCUGGAGCUGUCCCCGAGGCCGCGCCUCUGCCAUGGCAUCGCCGGGCACAGAGUCCUGAAGGUGCCCCCAUCCUGCUGCCGGCCGAGAUGGGAACCUCCGGGAAAACUUAGGCUGCCAAAAACGCCCGGGGACGGGGGAAAAAGGAUCCAUGUGAGCCUCGUGGCGACUCGUCGGCGCUGGCUGGCCGUGAGAGCCGAGCAUGACCGCGUGCCAGCACCCCAUGGCGCCCGGGGCCCUGGAGCGGGACCGGCUGUACCAGCACAAGGUGUCCCUGGUGGUGCGCUACUUCAUGAUCCCCUGCAACAUCUGCCUCAUCCUGCUGGCCACCUCCACGCUGGGAUUCGCCGUGCUGCUCUUCCUCAAUAACUACAAACCCAACAGUUACUUCACGCAGACGCCGACGCCGCCACGGGAUGGCUGCCGGGGGAUGCUGUGUGGCUUCGGGGCCGUGUGCGAGCGCAGCCCCUCGGAGCCGGGCCAGGCCUCGUGCGUGUGCCGGAAGGGUCCCUGCGCCCCCGUGGUGGCCCCGGUGUGCGGCUCCGACCACUCCACCUACAGCAACGAGUGCGAGCUGGACAGGGCGCAGUGCAACCAGCAGAGGAGGAUCAAGGUGGUCAGCAAGGGCCCCUGCGGCUCCAAGGACCCCUGCGCCGAGGUGACGUGCAGCUUUGGCAGCACCUGUGUCCCCUCCCCUGACGGCCAGGUGGCCAAGUGCGUGUGUCCCUCGUCGUGCAGCGGCGUCCCCGAGAGCCCCGUGUGCGGCAGCGACGGCCGCGACUACCGCAGCCAGUGCCACCUCAACAAGCACGCCUGCGACAAGCAGGAGAACGUCUUCAAGAAGUUCGACGGCCCCUGCGACCCGUGCCAGGGCGUGCCGAGCGAGCCGAGCCGCGUGUGCCGCGUGAACCCGCGGACGCGGCGGGCGGAGCUGCUGCCCCGGCCCGAGGGCUGUCCCCCGGGCAGGGACCCGGUGUGCGGCGACGACGGUGUCACCUACGAGAGCGAGUGCGCCAUGGGGCGCUCCGCGGCCAUCCGGGGCAUGGACAUCCAGAAGGUGCGCUCGGGGCAGUGCCAGCAGCAGGACCAGUGCAAGGACGAGUGCAAGUUCAACGCCGUGUGCCUGAACCGGCGCGGGGCCGCGCGCUGCUCCUGCGACCGCAUCGCCUGCGACGGCGCCUUCCGGCCCCUGUGCGGCCGCGACGGCCGCACCUACGGCAGCGACUGCCAGCGGCGCCGCGCCGAGUGCCUGCAGCAGGCCAGCGUCCCCGUGCGCCACGGCGGGCCCUGCGACCUGGGCACGCCCAGCCCCUGCCUGAGCGUGGAGUGCGCCUUCGGGGCCACGUGCGCGGUGAAGAACCAGGAGGCCGUGUGCGAGUGCCAGCAGCAGUGCCAGGGCCGCUACGACCCCGUGUGCGGCACCGACCAGCGCACCUACGGCAACCCCUGCGAGCUGCGCGCCAUGGCCUGCCUGCUCCAGAGGGACAUCGGCCUCCGGCACAAGGGGCCCUGCGAGCCCUGCGGCGAGUGCCACUUCGGUGCCAUCUGCGAGGCGGAGAGCGGGCGCUGCGUGUGCCCCACCGAGUGCGUGCCCUCGGCGCAGCCCGUCUGCGGCACCGACGGCAACACCUACGGCAGCGAGUGCGAGCUGCACGUCCGAGCCUGCACCCAGCAGAAGAACAUCCUGGUGGCCGCCCAGGGCCACUGCAAGUCGUGUGGCAGCUCCGUGUGCUCCUUUGGUAGCCGCUGUGUGGGUGGGCAGUGCCUGUGCCCGCGCUGCGAGCGCCAGCCCCCGGCCCCGGUGUGCGGCACCGACGGCGUCACCUACGACAGCCCCUGCCAGCUGCGGGUGGCCUCGUGCCAGCUGCAGAAGAGCAUCGAGGUGGCCACCACGGGACCCUGUGAGGACGAGUGUGGCUCGGGGGGCUCCGGCUCGGGGGACGGCAGCGAGUGCGAGCAGGAGCGGUGCCGGCAGUUCGGGGGCUGGUGGGACGAGGACGCCGAGGACGAGCCCUGCGUGUGUGACUUCACCUGCGUGGCCGUGCCCCGCAGCCCGGUGUGCGGCUCUGACGGGGUCACCUACGCCAACGAGUGCCAGCUGAGGAAGACGCGGUGCGAGAAACGCCAGGAGCUCUUUGUCGCCGGCCAGGGAGCCUGUCGGGCCCUGGCCACCACCCCGCCACCCCUGCUGGUCGUGCACUGCAGCCAGACCGUCUACGGCUGCUGCCCCGACAACGUCACCCUGGCGCUGGGCGUGGGAGCGGCCGGAUGUCCCAGCACGUGCCAGUGCAACCCCUACGGCUCCUACGGUGGCUCCUGCGACCCGGGCACGGGCCAGUGCUCCUGCAAGCCCGGUGUGGGCGGCCUCAAGUGCGACCGCUGCGAGCCCGGCUUCUGGAACUUCCGUGGCAUCGUCACCGACGGCCGCAGCGGCUGCACGCCGUGCGGCUGUGACCCCGUGGGCUCGGUGCGGGACGACUGCGAGCAGAUGUCGGGGCUGUGCUCCUGCAGGACGGGCAUCACGGGCAUGAAGUGCACGCAGUGCCCCGCGGGCAGCCGGCUGGGCACCGCGGGCUGCGAGGAGGACCCCUCGGCCCCCCGGUCCUGCGAGGAGCUGAGCUGUGACUUCGGGGCCUCGUGCGUGGAGCUGAACGGCUUCGCCCACUGCGAGUGCCCGUCCCCGCUGUGCCCCGAGGCCAACGCCACCAAGGUGUGUGGCUCUGAUGGUGUCACCUACGGGGACCAGUGCCAGCUGCGGACCAUCGCCUGCAGGCAGGGCCAGCGCAUCACGGUCAAGCACGUGGGGCAGUGCCACGAGUCCGUCACCCAUGCGAGCCCCCCGGUGCCCCCCACGCCGCUGCCCACGCUGCCCCCGGACCGGCUCCUGCUGCCCGCGCCCCCUCGGGCCACCACGCGAGCCCCGGUGGCCACCGGCUCGCCGCCGCUGCAAGCCAAGCCCACGGAACGAGGCCACCCUGCCACGAGGCGUGUGACAACGGCCAGGCCGGCCACCACGCCCUGGGUGACCCACGGCGUGCACAGAGCCACCGUCCGCCCACUGGCCACCGUGCCCGUGGUGGUGGCCACCAGCCAGCCGGGCUACGGCGAGUCCGGCAGCGCCGAGGGCAGCGGGGACCAGGACAUGGGGACCAGUGGUGACCAGGAGUCCAGCGGGGCGGGAUCUGCCGGUGAGGAGGAGCCGGACGAGGGCCAGGUGACAGCCACGCCUGCCAUCGAGAGGGCCACGUGCUACAACAGCGCCCUGGGCUGCUGCUCCGACGGCAGAACCGCGGCGGCCGACGCCGAGGGGAGCAACUGCCCCGCCACCAAAGUGUUCCAAGGGGUGCUGAUCCUGGAGGAGGUGGAGGGCCAGGAGCUGUUCUACACCCCGGAGAUGGCCGACCCCAAAUCCGAGCUCUUCGGGGAGACGGCGCGGAGCAUCGAGAGCGCGCUGGAUGAGCUGUUCCGGGGCUCUGACGUCAGGAGGGAUUUCAGGAGCGUCCGCGUGCGGGACCUGGGCCAGAGCAGCGCCGUCAGGGUCAUCGUGGAGGCCCACUUCGACCCGGCCACGUCCCACACGGCCGCCGACAUCCAGGGGGCCCUGCUGAAGCAGCUCCGAGCUUCCAAGAGAAAAACCAUCCUGGUGAAGAAGCCCCAGCAGGAGCACAUCAAAUUCAUGGAUUUUGACUGGAUCCCCCACCUCUUCACCACCACCGUCACCACCACCACGGGCACCACCAUGGCACCGGCCACCACCCGCAGGGCGCCCGUGGCCACCACCCGCAGGGCGCCCGCGGCCACCGCAGCCCCGGGGUGGCACGGCGAGCCCGCGGGCACCGUGGCCACCACCCGCAGGGCGCCCGCGGCCCUGGGCGAGCCCGCGGGCACCGUGGCCACCACCCGCAGGGUGCCCACGGCCACCGUGGCCCCGGGCGAGCCCGCGGGCACCGCCGGGAGCCCCGGCCGGAGGAAGCCCACCCCGCCGGCCCCUGGCACGGCGCCCGCCCCGCGGCCCUGCGAGUCCCAGCCCUGCCUGCACGGUGGCACCUGCCAGGACGACGGGCACCACUUCACCUGCAGCUGCCCCGCGGGCACGGGAGGGGCCGCGUGCGAGAAAUCCCCCGGCCCGUUCGUGCCGCGCUUCGGGGGCCGCUCGGUGCUGGCGCUGCGGACGCUGCGCGCGUACCACACGCUGCGCGUCGCGCUCGAGUUCCGCGCGCUGGAGCCCGCGGGGCUGCUGCUCUACAACGCGCAGCGCCACGGCAAGGACUUCAUCUCGCUGGCGCUGCUCGGCGGCUUCGUGCAGCUGCGGUUUGACACGGGCUCCGGCACGGGCACCGUCACCAGCCGCGUGCGGGUGGAGCCGGGCCGCUGGCACCGGCUGCUGGUGACGCGCAACCGGCGCACGGGCACGCUGGCCGUGGACGGGGAGCCCCCCGUGAGCGGGCACAGCCCCCCGGGCACCGACGGGCUCAACCUGGACACCGAGCUCUUCAUCGGCGGAGUGCCCGACGAGCACAUGGCGCUGGCGGCCGAGCGCACGGGGGCGGCGGGCGGCCUGCGGGGCUGCGUGCGGGCGCUGGCCAUCAACAACCGCGGGCACGAGCUGCGCCAGGGCGCCGGCGACGUCCUCUACGGCAGCGCCGUGGGCGAGUGCGGCACCGAGCCCUGCCAGCCCAACCCGUGCCACCACGGGGGCACCUGCCACGCCAGGGACGCCGACAUGUUCCGCUGCCAGUGCCCCGAGGCCUACACGGGCCCCACGUGUGCCUUGGAGAGGAACCCGUGCGAGCCCUCGCCGUGCCACGGCUCUGCCACCUGCCUGGUGCUGCCCGCAGGCGGCGCCCUGUGCGCCUGUCCCAUGGGCCGCCAAGGGGACCUCUGCGAGCAAGUGACGGAGCAGGACCAGUCCGUGCCCUUCCUGCCCGACUUCAACGGCCACUCCUACCUGGAGCUCAGCGGGCUGCAGAGCUUCGUGCCCGACCUCAAGGACAGGAUGGCCAUGGAGCUGGUGUUCCUGGCGCGCCGGCCCCACGGGAUGAUUUUCUACAACGGCCAAAGGAGCGACGGCAGCGGCGACUUCGUGUCCCUGGCACUGCACCAGGGGCACCUGGAGUUCAGAUACGACCUGGGCAAGGGGCCCGCCCUGCUCAGGAGCAGGGAGCCGGUGCCGCUGCACGCCUGGGUCAGCGUCCGGCUGGAGCGCAGCGGCCGCAAGGGCGUCCUGAGGGUCAACGGCGGCGCCGCGGUCACCGGCGAGUCCCCGAAAUCCCGUAAGGUGCCUCACAUGGUGCUGAACCUGAAGGAGCCCCUCUACGUGGGGGGAGCCCCCGACUUCUCCAAGCUGGCUCGAGCAGCUGCCAUCUCCAGCGGCUUCGAGGGAGCCGUGCAGAGGAUCUCCCUGGACGGCGUGGCCGUGCUGAAGGAGCAGAACAUCCGCAGCGCCAGGGAGAUCUCCCCGUUCCGGGGGCACCCCUGCACCCAGAAACCCAACCCCUGCCAGCACGGCGGCGCCUGCAGCCCCAGCAUGGGCGGCUACCAGUGCUCCUGCCACAGGGGCUUCUCGGGGGCCCACUGCGAGAAGGUGAUCAUCGAGAAGGCAGCGGGGGACGCCGAGGCCGUGGCCUUCAACGGCCGCACGUACCUGGAGUACCACAACGGCGUCACCAGGAGCCACCUGAGCAAUGAGAUCCCAGCUCCCGAGGCGCUGGAUUUCCCCUCGGAGCCCAGUGAGAAGGCGCUGCAGUCCAACCACUUUGAGCUGAGCAUCAAGACGGAGGCGACGCAGGGGCUGCUGCUGUGGAGCGGGAAGGGGCUGCAGCGCUCGGAUUACAUCGCCCUGGCCAUCGUGGACGGCUUCGUGCAGCUCAGCUACGACCUGGGCUCCAAGGGCGUCACCCUGCGCUCCAGCGUGCCCGUCAACACCAACCAGUGGGUGCACAUCCGAGCCUCCAGGGUGCAGAGGGAAGGCUCCCUGCAGGUUGGGAACGAGGCCCCCAUCGCCGGCUCCUCUCCUCUCGGGGCCACCCAGCUGGACACGGACGGGGCGCUGUGGCUGGGGGGGCUGGACAAGCCGAGCGUGCCGCAGCGCCUGCCCAAGGCGUUCAGCACGGGCUGCAUGCAGGAUGUGCUCAGGGACUGCCAGGAGCUCUGUCCCUGUCCCCUGCUCUGUCCCCUGCUGUGUCCCUGUCCCAGCUGACCCCGUUCCAUUUCCAGGGGGGCUGGACAAGCCGAGCGUGCCGCAGCGCCUGCCCAAGGCGUUCAGCACGGGCUUCGUGGGCUGCAUGCGGGACGUGCUCGUGGACCGGCGGGAGCUGCACCUGCUGGAGGACGCCCUGAACCGGCCCCGGAUAUUGCACUGCUCGGCCAAAUAGAGCCCAGGGACCUCCCUCCCUCCCCCUCCCCCCUGCCUAUUGCUGUAAUUAUUUUCUAUUUUUGUAAACUUAUUGCUUUUUAUAUUUUUGGGGGGGGAGGACGGGGAGGGCAGGAAACCCUUUUUUGCUUUCGGGUCCUUGGGGCGGCGAGCAGCAGAACGAAGCUCGGCCAAGGCUCCGGGAAGUGGCACCAGAGCUCUCCCGCUGCAGCGUCCAUCUUCUUCAUACUUGAAGCUUCUUUGUUUUGGGGUUGUUCUCCCCCUUUUUUGCCUGGUGUUUUUGGGGGGGUUUGUUCCCAAAAACAACCCUGUUUUCCUGUGGGGGGAAACGCUGCUGGUGCUGGCGAGGCCUUCACGGAUUCGCGGGGUGGGAAUUCCCACCCUGCUCCGGGCUCCGGCUCUUCCAAACCUUCUCCUGGCCCCGUGUUCACCUGAUUUCCUGCUGCCCCCUGUUCCUCUCACUGUAAUUUAUGUGUGUAAGGAUCUCAAGUGCUUUUCUCCUCCGAGCUCUGCUCAAAUCAGGGAUGCCACGCACUGGAAGGGAGAGAGCCGGGCCCAAGCUUGCCUCGGGACUCUUUGCUGGACUCAGAGCUGCUGGGGAGGCAAAAAUGUGGAUUUUUCCAGCGGUUCUCCUCCUCCUCUUCCUCUUGGACACGUGCAGGAGCGGCUGUGAAACCUCAUCCCCACAUUUUGUGUUCAUCCAGACGUGUCCUGACCCCUCCCCGGCCACCGAGCCUUGGCCUCCCUCGUGCUGGGGAUCACUUGGAGCUCCUCUCCAAGAGCUGGGAAUUCUCUCCCUCUCCCAAAAGGAACCAGGAAAUUCCCUUUUCCCUCCUCAGAGAUCUCUUGGAUGUGUCCUUCCGUGCCCCACAGUGUUCUCCAGCCUCUGGCAAGGCAGAGCUGCCGCUGGAGCCUCUCCCACGAAGAGAAUUUGGAAUUUUUCACCUUGGACUUGGAGUUUUUGGGUCUUCCAGGCUCCUCUGGAUGCUGCCAGCCCAGCAGGAAGGGCUCCAGCAGGAGCAGGAGCGAGGCCGGGGAGUAUCUGGGGGGAAUUUGAAGCAUUUUCCUCCAGGAAACAAAAAUUUUGGGGCCGGUUCUGAAGUUCCUGGGGUGUGGCUGCAGCUCUGCACCUCCCGGGACGUGGAGAAGAGCAGGUGGAUCCCAGCUCUGGAAGGAAUCCCCUCUUCCUUUGGGAUUCCUUCCCCAUGGAAGGGUUUCCUGGUGUUUGGUGGCCUCUGGGUCCCUUUCCCAACCCUCAGCUGGAAUUUCUCCGUGGAAAAACAACUUUUGGGAAUUGGUCUGCGGGAUCCCGCCGGGUUCUGGGUGGGAGCUGCUGCCCAAGGUGCCAGAAUUUGGCUUUUCCCCCCCCCCUAAAUUUCCACCCCACCUUGCAGGGCACCCUUUGAAAUGGGGGUUUUGGCACCAACUUUUGAGGCAGGAAAGGUCAAAUUUCUUCUCUCAGGGUGAGCUCUGAACAAAGGUGGAACCAAGAGGGGAAGCCUAUGGAAAAACCACUUGGAUCUGCUUUGAUUUCGUUUAUUUGAUUUAAAAAAAUAAAAUAAAUAAAUAAAUAUUCCCAACCCGUGACAUUCCCGUGGAAAACCCAGGGUUAAAUCUUCCAGGGGGGGCUGUGCCCUGUGUGGGAUGAGGGCUCUGCUGUGCCUGGGGGGUUCUGUGCGUGCCAAAAUUCCCAUUUUUUUGGGGGCUGCUGGCUCCAAAUUGGGAUUCCUGGUGGGAGGGAGGGGUCUGGCAGCCCCCCAGUCCAUAUUUUGGGAGUGGGAUUCCCAGCUGGGCUGGAUGUUCCAGCUCCAGAGGGACGGGGAAGCUGCUGAUGUUCAGGAAUGAAGAAACGGCAAAAAAAAAAAACCAAAAAAAACCCCAACAACUGAAAAAAAAAAAGCAAAAUAAAAACUCAUUCUGCUUUUGCUGGGGCUUGGAAAUGCCUUAAACCAGGACUUUGUGUCCUCCUGGGGGAGCAUUUGGAAUUUCCAGCAGCACUCUGCACAAUUUUCAACAACAUUUCUACCACAGAAUGUGCAAAAAAAAAAAAAAAAAAAAAAAAAAAAAAAAAAAAAAAAAAAAAAACCAAAAAAAAACAAAAAAAAAAAAGAGACAUUGAGGUUGUUUUUUUUUUCUGGAUUAGAUUUUUUUUUUUUGGCUCUUUUUUUUUUUUUUUUUUUUUAAUUGCAAACCCCCGAGCUGUCCACGGAGAGGGUGAAUUCCUGACUUGGGGAGCUGCUGGCUGAGUUGCACGGGCGGAGGAGCAGCAUGAUGUAACCAUUACUAACUCGUGUCUUUCGUCAAAUCACCCAGAAAUAAACUUUGGAAACGAUUAAAGAGGUUUUUAAGGGG